AUGACCCGCUCGCCAUCCCGAUCCACCGACGGCGGCGGCGACCCCGCGAACCACCGCGUCGAGCCACGCCUCCUGAAGGCUAUCAUAGAACAACACAACGAAGAUGUCGUCGCCAUUAUCGAGCAGGCGAAGUCGAAGUCGCAACCGAUAGAUCACCUACUGCGCCUAGGCUUGAUGCGCGCUGCUGAGCGUGGAAACACAUACGUCGUCGAAUAUCUCUUGAAGAGCGGCGCAAAGCCUGAUGGCGCACCUGGGGGCAGAGUCUCACCGCUACUCAAAGCAGUUGAGGAAAACCAUGCAGGCGUCGUGCAAUUGCUGCUUAAAUCUGGGGGUUAUGCAGACGCACAGGAUAAACAAGGACGAACGGCGCUCAUGACGGCAGCAUGGAAGAACAGCUUUCACAUUGUCAGCGAGCUCUUGUACCGUGGCGCGGAUGUUAAUAAGAAGGACAACCAAGGGCGAAACGUUUUGCACAACUUAGCCGCGGACAAACAUUGCAAUUGGGGAAGAGAUGUCAUCGAUUUGCUAUUGAAGACAAACAUUGCAAUCGACGGGCCUGAAGGUCAAGAUGAGAAAAGAAAAUCUCCCUUGCAUUGGGCUGCUAUGACUGGCAAAAAAGAGUUGUGCGAGAUGCUGCUAACGAGGCCUAAGCUACCAAAAGCCAAUGUGAACGCUGUGGAAGAUAGGGAAAAGACGGCACUUCACUUAGCGGUUGCGCAUGGCAGAGAUGACAUUGUCGAGUUAUUACUACAAUACAAGGCAGAUGUCAAAGCAAGAAGCGAUGGUGGUUGGACAGCGCUGCACAAUGCAUGUGAGCAAGGCCCAAUCAAGGACCCAGACGAAAGGGAAACAAUUGAAAAAGCAGAAGUACGUGUGAAGAUCAUCAAGAUGCUUUUGGAUGCCGGUGCGGAUGUCAAUGCGCGAUUGCUCAAUGGCUGGACGCCUCUGCAUGCCGCAGCUCAAAAAGGUCAUUCAGAGGUGGUAGAAUAUCUACUUACAAGAGUCGACAUCAAACGCGCAGCAAGAGAUACAUUUGGCGUCACGCCGUUCGUUCGUGCAGCGCAAAAUAAAAGGAGGGAUAUCGUCAAUCUACUGGCGCCUUCGAAUAACGUCGAUUCCUUGAGUGAGGAUGCGCGGGGGGCUUGUAAGGGUUUCAACGCGACCAUUGUAGAUUUCAAGAACGACAACGAGACCAGAGUCCUGAAGCGAAGUGUAUACGAGCUACUCUACGGUCGUGAUAUCGUGAAUCCGCGGAAACCAGCUGUCACGAUUUUGCCCAAAGACUCGAAGCACACAAACUUCCGUUGGAUACAUCUGCCUGCCAAUAAUAUGGCGUGGGCCGAAGCGUUGCUCACGAAGGCUUUCAUCGAGGAGGGCGCGAACGAUGUGGAUGGAUUCAGGGCUCUCGAGCGUUCGUUUACUCAUUCGCAUCGAGGAGCUCGUAUCCAUUCGCACUUCAUGAGACCAUUGAGUCAAAGCACUCCACGAGCACCAAAAAAUCAGCAUGACAAUGAACAGGAACCACCCCAAAUCAUCGUCAGUAGUGGCACUGGUCUAGGAAUUGACACAGUUGCAGGAGCACAGGAACCACCUCUUCCGCAUUUUCGGAAACCUCCUAUUAGGACGGGUACGGUGAGCACAGAUCAGACCGAUUGGACUGCAGGGUCCGGCGGCACUGGUACGGGCAAGGAUGUCAGAGGAAAGGCGAAGGAGAAGACCAAGAAGCAACAAAAGUGGGGCGGUUCGAAACAUUCUGGAGGUCGGUCUGCUGGAUCCAACACACCUACCAAGCAAAGUGACUACCAUUCAAGACAGAAGACAAGCAUGUCAAUGACUGAAAGUGCGCUUCUGCGCUCACCCGGGAGUCCUGGGAGAAGAGAUCCCACCGCGAGUGAGAAAAGCAACAUCUUCACCUUCAUGCCAUAUCUGCACUUCGAGACAGAUAAGCGGCGCCAGGAGAUGCAAGCUGCAAUAGCACGGAUACCAUUGAUACGAGAACGUGAGAAGCAUGACAACCGUAUCAUCAAGCCGGUUAUUCCAAGAGCUUCUACGUGUGAUGAGAUGCUUCUACGAGCUCACUUGACCUCUUCACAAGUGUCGUUACAUGUCCGCCGCACACUCGACCAGUUCUUCUAUCACAACAUCGACACGCAAUCUCGCGACCGCGAUCAGGUUGUUUACCGAUAUCAGCGCAAAUCAUCUGACCCUCAGCAUGCUGAUCCAAAGAUCUUCAUGGUUGACCAGCUUUGGAUGUGGACAUUGGGCAAGGACUUAGUCCUGACGGCAUUUCCACAAAGAUGGGAGCAGCCACGCAACGACCCACUCAAUGUACUCGACGGUAUCAUAGAAGACAUCAACAGCAAGACGCGCGAGCCAGUCAAGAAUGUGCAUGACCUGGCAAUGUUGAUCUCCGGGCGAUGUAGUGGUAUUUUUGACAGGCAUCGCGUGGGUGACGGGGAAUAUCAGUUCCUCGACAUGUUCGAGAGCAGCAUUGGAGACGCUACUGAAAUGGAAACUGAGCUGUUCAAGGAGUUCAACACGGCUUCUGGCGAAGCAUCAAGGUGGCUGCACAGCCAUCGACGUCCAAAUCGUUUCUCACAGCAUCUGGAGGCAGAGGGAAGGCAGCAGGAGCAGCAGAGCAGACGACAUAUGCCGCCGCAACAAGCGCACAUCCACGCACUUUCAGACCCGCUAGUCAAAGAAGACAAUUUCGGAUAUGAAGACAAUGAUAGCACACCCGCUCAUGCCCCCCUCUUCGUCGACAAACUACUCGACAUCGGCGCCGAGACCAAUCUCCUCGCCGAAACAAAAGACAUCCGCGACGAGCUCAACAUGAUCAUGAAGGUGCUGGAAGACCAGCGCAACGUUCUCCCCGAACUCGAACUCAGCAUCAUCGACGCCUACCACAAAGAGCACAAGUCUCAGACCAACCUAAAGCGGCGAUUCAGAGACAUGCUCAAAACCAUCGAAACGCACAUCAAAGACCUCGAGCGCAUGGACAAGCAAGCGGAAAGAAUCUACAAAAGCAUCACCGAUCUACUCGACCUCAAGCAAAAACACGCCAACGCCUUCGAAGCGCGCUUCGCCCGCGACCAAGCAGCAGGCACAGCAAGACAAAGCCAAACAAUCAUGGUCUUCACAAUAGUCACCAUCAUCUUCCUCCCGCUCUCCUUCAUCGCCGCACUCUUCACAAUCAACAUCCAGGAAUUCCCGCACCAACCCGGCUCCUCGGAACCAUCGCUUUCCUUAUCCUACGUCGCGAAAUACAUGUUCGGCAUCGGCCUCGCCAUAUCCAUCCCCUUCAUCGCCAUCGCCCUCUCCUUCGACGCAAUCGGCGACUUCUUCCGCGAAGUCAAACGCCGUCUGCGGAACCGCCGCACCGCGCCCCCUCCGCCGUGGAACGACGCCGCGAGCAGACCGGUCGUAAACGAGGAGAAAGACAUAGAAUAUGCAGUCGAUAUGCGCGCCUUGGAGCAAGCGCUCAGCGCAGGCCGCAUGUCGAUACGCGGCAGCACGGUCCGCGGCCACGGUAGACCGAGCAUCGAAAGCUACCUCGACGGCUCGUAUGGAGGCGCGGGCUCGAUUGUUCCCGUUGCGAGUCGUAGUACGGGCGCGGGGAAGGGGGAUGUGCAUGUUAGGAAUGGGUCUGCGGGUGUGGCUGGGCGGUUGAGCGUUGAGAGGUCGCAGAUUCCCGUGGAGAGGAUGAGUACGGGGUUUCGGAUUAGGGGGAGUGUGGAUGUUGAGCGCGGGAGUUGA